GCGAAUUGCAGAAGAACAGGAGGAUGCUUUGCCAUGACGCAUCAGGAUUUAAGCAUCCCCCCUAAAGUAAACAAGCUGAACGGUGACUGCUGUCGCGUCUCCGUCACACAGCAACCCUUGAGACUUUUCCCUUCGGUAUAAUUAGCCUGCGCUGCCUCAGAGCCGCCCAGCACCCAAAGAGUUAACCCGCAGCCUCUGGUGUUCAUCGGUGCACCACCACCCAACCAACCAACCGGGCCGUGUCGCUAGGGGAAGAGAAGGUAUUUGAGAAGCAACAGAUCUCCAUCUGGACGGCGCGCGCACAUCUGGCCCGACAGGAGAGCAUCAAGAAGAAGAAGAAGAAGAAGAAGUGAGGAAAGCUUUAGUUAUGAGAGGAGAAAAGUUAUCUGCGCUUUUCCUCUCUAGAUUGAACCAGAAAACAGAGUUUAGUCUGAGUGAUUCAUCCUUUUAAGAUCUUCAGGUUGCUUUACCAGAUUUCCAGAAUUGGAUGAAACCAGCUGCUGAUUUUUGUUCUCUUACUCCAAAAACAAACCACAUGGCUCAUCAUUUAAGGACUGACAUGAUGAGAGUGUUUGUUUUUGCUUUUUGAUUUGUAUUUUUUCCCACGAGUCGUUAGAAUCCGAGUGCGCACCGCCGGAGGAGGUCUGCGUCUCAAUGAUCAGCUCGGUGUGCGUAUCGACUUACCGAGGGCGCAAGUCGGGCAACAAGCCUCCAUCCAAAUCAUGCCUGAAGGAGGAGAUGGCUAGAGGCGAAGACUCGGACAAGAUAGUCAUCAACGUUGGUGGAACUCGUCAUGAAACCUAUAAGAGCACUCUGAGGACCCUGCCGGGGACGCGCCUGGCGUGGCUGGCGGAGCCAGACGCGCAGGUCAGCUCCGACUCGGAGGCUGAGCCCCCCAACCCCACCGAGUUCUUCUACGACCGGCACCCGGGCAUCUUCGCCUAUGUGCUCAACUAUUACCGGACCGGGAAGCUGCACUGCCCGGCGGACGUGUGCGGGCCGCUCUUCGAGGAGGAGCUGGCGUUCUGGGGGAUCGACGAGACCGACGUGGAGCCGUGCUGCUGGAUGACUUACCGGCAGCACCGGGACGCGGAGGCGGCUCUGGAGAUAUUCGAACCUCCGGAUCCGGAUGACACCGACGACGAAGCGCCGAGGCGGUUCGGUAUCGAGGACGGCGACAGGUCCCGGAGCUGCUGUGAAGUUUGGCAGCCCAAACUCUGGGCCUUGUUCGAUGACCCGUAUUCAUCCCGGGCGGCCAGGGGGGUGGCUUUUGUAUCUCUGUUCUUCAUCCUGGUGUCCAUCACUACUUUUUGCCUGGAAACCCACGAAGCCUUCAAUGUGUGGAUGGAGAAAGUUUUCCAAGGCAACAACAACUCCACGCAACCCAACUCCAUGCACACCAACUCCAGGGCGGAGUUGGGUGGCAGUAAAAUCCUCCUCAUAGUGGAAGGCGUGUGUGUGUUUUGGUUCACAUUGGAGUUUUUGGUGAGGAUCAUCUGCUGCCCAAACAAAUGUUUUUUCAUCAGAAACACACUCAACAUCAUCGACUUUGUGGCUAUUCUGCCUUUCUACCUGGAGAUGUGCCUGAUUGGACUGCCGUCUACAGCUGCUAAAAAUGUGCUCGGCUUCCUGCGUGUGGUGCGAUUUGUGAGGAUCCUUCGAAUUUUCAAGCUGACCCGACACUUUGUGGGCCUGCGCGUUUUGGGUCACACACUGAGGGCGAGUGUCAACGAGUUCCUCCUGCUCGUCAUCUUCUUGGCGCUGGGAGUUCUCAUUUUUGCCACAAUGAUUUAUUACGCUGAGCGGAUCGGAGCGAGCCCCGACGAUCCAACUGGCUCCAACCACACGCACUUCAAAAACAUCCCCAUCAGCUUUUGGUGGGCAGUGGUCACCAUGACGACACUGGGCUACGGAGACAUGUACCCACAAACGUGGCUUGGCAUGAUGGUCGGGGCGCUGUGCGCGCUGGCCGGCGUGCUGACCAUCGCCAUGCCCGUUCCCGUCAUCGUCAAUAACUUUGGCAUGUACUACUCUUUGGCUAUGGCGAAGCAGAAGCUGCCAAAAAAGAAAAAGAAACACACUCCAAACCCAGAAAUCCUGACUGACUCCGCCUCUUUUGGGAAGUCGGAAACAAACUCGCAUAUUGACAGCACUCAGAGCGACACGUACCCGCUGGCUGCUGAGGAGAGUCUUGGCAGGAAUCGCUCAGACUCCAAGCAGAACGGGGAUGCAAAUGUGGCCCUUUCAGAUGAGGAAGGGUGCAGCCUGACCCAGCCGCUGUCCCCUAGUGAAAAAUGGUCCCAUCGGUGCUCCCGAGGGCGAGGAAAGAAUAAGAGAGCAUCAUCCGGCAUCAGUGCUGAAACCUGUAAGGACAUUCUCGGUACCACUGGAAAUCACGCUCAGCCAGAGGUCACCACUUUGACCUGAAGAGGGUCUGCAACAAAACCAGGAAAGGACAGCGGCUCCACUGUGGCUCUAACCAGAUCACGACGUUCUCUCACGAACAAACUGCAGAUACAAGACAUUUUUUUGUUUGUAUCGUGUCACUUUUUUGUUCUUUAGUCUUCUUUACAAACAACAUCCAGUAAAAAAGCUAUUAGGUAACACAUAAAGCCUGUUUUGCACCCAUUUACAUAUUUCAGAAAUGUUUUGCAUGCUUUGCAUGAACUAAAAUCAUACAAUGCACUAGCACAGAAACUGCAUCCAGUUUUCAUUAUGUUAUUUAUUACACUUAAUUAACACCUUUACAAUUUUCUGAAUGUUUUUCCUUAUUUCGUUUCUUUUACUGGUCAGAAUCACAACAUUUUCAAAUGGAUAAACCAGUUUACAGCUUUUGCAUCCACAUAAUUAACACAUUCCAUUCUUGCCAAAUUGGUUUACAAGUCAGAAUAGUCAGAAAGGUGGAAGAUAUCCACGUGCAACAUCCAUAGAUGCUCACAGACUACAUCUUAAACCUCCAAGCUUUGUUUUUGUUCCUCAGAAUAGCAUUAUUCAUGAAUGUACAUAGACUUGUAAAGUAAAAAUGGCACCAAGAAAGAAGCAGGUGUAAACAGUGUUUCUUCUUGAAAAGACUCUCCAUGCAACUCAAGCAAAGUGCGUCCUCGCACUCUAAGAGUUUAACUUAAAGAGCAGAAACAAAAAAUCAGUGCAACAGUAUUGUUUGUUACGUUGAUGUACUCUCACUGGAUGAUGCAGACUUUUAGAUUUCACGGUGGACUCACGGUGAGAAAUGGAGUUUCAAUGUUUGCUGUCAACCGAUUUGUUUUGCUGCCCUUCAACUUGGGUUUGCAGAAACCCUACAGGACUUUUAUUACUGUUUCUGAGAACUUCUAUUCCUCACGGUUAACCAUAGUGGCCUUAUGUUCCAACACAGAUUCUUUUACUGUUGUUAGUGCAUUUAUAUCCUGAAUCAAGUACCUGUAGUUAUGUACAAGCUUAGCUGUAUGUAUGUAUGUAGCACAGAACAUGACUGUAGAUAAUUAAACACGUCUCUACAUAUGCCUUGUAUGCUCACUAAACCAACAUCAAAGUAUUCAUAUAGUCAUGAACAACAAUGUUGGAACUCUUGUUGGAAAUGCCACACAGCUCUAAGAAAAUUGUUACAAUUUCCAAAUGUUUUGGUAUUUAUGUGUUUGUUGAUUUUAUCUUAGCACAAAGAGCAGAAAAAGAGUCAAACUUGAUUAAAAUUCUCACCGAACUCACAAUACAGACUGGACAAAUUAGUUUGGAAAUGGUUCAUUUCAAGUAAAACUAAAUAAGACAAACAAAAGAAACAUAUCUAUAUAGAGAUAUAUCAAAGUUAGGAUAAUUAAUUAUGAAUUUGAGCAUAUAUUUACAUACAAACAUAAAUAAUUCAAUUUCUCUUAACCAUAAAUAGACAUAUUAACUGUUAUGCACACAGUACACGACACAAUGCAAUCCUUACAUUUUAAACUUGUCAAAAGGAAAAACUUUUAUAAUUCCACCUCUUUUUGCUUUACUUAUUUAUUUAUUUUAUGCAUAAAUUAUCACUAUAGGGUUCAAUUAUUUCUGCUUUACCAACACAAAUGCAAAUCAUAAAAAAGUAUUAAUAAUAAAAUCAAAAGACAAAGAUAAAUGACAUUAUUUACGUAACCCUGAACCUAAAAAAAAGCUAUUUAGUGAGAAAUAAUUGAUUUUUAGGCAUGCGGUGCUCCCACAAUUUGUAUUUAGACACACCUGUGGCAAGUAACAGGUGUGUGCAAAACUGUAAUCUCACUCUGAACAGUUAAAAAGGCAAAACGGAGAUCUCAAAAUUUGUGUCACACAGAGUAUUAAGAAUGAACAAGCAACUGUAUAAAAGAAUCUGGAAAAAUAAUUUUGGAAACAAGUGGAUAAUCUCAAAACUACAAGUCCAUCUCCCUCGAUUGUAAUCUUCCUGUAUCCACUAAAUUAUAUAUUGAUAAGGUUAUAGUUCAUCAUUGUAGCAAACCUUCUUCUCGUGACAAAAAAAGCAAAAUUAGGAACCCCAAGAGGACACCGUAGCUUACACUUAAGCAUCAAAAACAGCAGUGACACUCAGAGUGUGAGACAAAAUCCUUCUAGGAGAACCUAAAGUGGACAGAUGGGCCAAAAGUUGAGUUUUCUGGUAAAGACAUGCUGCUUCUAGCAUUGGUUGUUAUGACUGUUGUAAAACUCUCAUGAAGGGUUAACAUAUUGGGUCACAAUGUGGAGGAAAGAUGCAUCUCCACCAGAAAUCAUGGAUCUUCUACAUGGACAGUGACUCAAGAAACUCUUUAAAGAACACUUAGAAAUAGUAAUAAUGGUUUCAAACAAAGUUCUGGAGAGUUUUAAAAUAAAUCCUGAUGUGAAUUCCAUAGAACACCCAUGUAGAAAUCUUAAAACAUCAGCUGGGACAAGACAACCUUCAAAUCGGAAUGACUUGGAGCAGUUUGCAGUGGAACAGUCCAAAAGUCAUUCAUGGUUAUGAAUGAAAUCAGUCUUUUUUCCAAGAUUGUGAUACCAAAUAUUAAGUCAUUGUAGGAUGUCAAUAAUUUUGUCCAGUCCAUUUUUUACAACAAUUCUGUGAUUUUUUUUUUUUUGUGUGUCCAGUUUUAUUUUCUACAUUGCUUUCCAAUGCAAAACAAAAACGAUACAUACUUGAUAACCUAAACAUUUACAAUCAGACUUGUUGCAUUUUCCAAGAAAAUAUCAAGGGUGCCAACAUUUUUGGCUCUGACGAUAUUUCAAUAUUUCUCAUUUUAAACUAAGUUACUGCUUUUGCUGCUUUUUGUACUCAAUGUUAGACAAUCACACAGUUUUUUUCCUAUGAAGUGUGUAGGUGACUGUGAAAGAAUAAGGCGUCAAAGGAGAGAGUCUGAGUGAUGUAACAUUAUCUAGGCAUGUGUUUCUAUGCAAAAACUAAUAAAACAUUUCCUUCCCUCGUGUCAAA